AGGCACCCUUCCUGUCACCAAACUGACAGCUAUCGGGCGCGCAUCUCACACCAACACCGAUUUUGUACAUCCGAGCGGCAGUAGCGUCAACCCCUUGCUGCGACUGGCGGAACUGCAUCACGUGGAUCGGUACCCAACUGGGAAACCGUGGCUGAGGCUGGGGCCUAAUCUAGCCGUCCGCCUGACCUUAUCUGGAGGCAUCAAGUUAUCAUCGACCCCCGCUUUCUGUGGACGCGCAUCUGAAAGAAACUCUCUUCGAGUGCCACAAGUGAGACGCCGCUAUCGACGCCAUCAUGUCUGCUCCGCCCCCGGGCAAUUCGGCCCAGCCGAGGCGCUCUGCCCUGAAGGCCGACGGGGAGAGUCCCCGGACCCCUCCGCUCGGCGCCUCCAUGAAAGGUUUGUCUUACUACUGCCUGUCCCUGUCUCUCCCUUCCCGCACCUGUUUCCCCAUAGCUCGCCUGCCUACUCUGCGGCCAUGAUUGUCUUGCCUGCCGAGGUCUGUUCCCGUCC